AUGGCAGACCUUCCAGAACGUAUUGGCUCAACCUCUAACGGCUUACGAAUCCCGCAGGACAAGUUUCUCAAAUCACCUCUAGAAACAGACCACGAAGGGGUUGCAAAGCAAAUUAAGCUUGCCUUCGCUGUCGAGUCGGGCGUUCUCCAGCGUCUCGGGACUCAUCCGAGAAUCGUAAAAUAUUUAGGAAAGCGGGGUAACGGGCUACUUUUUGGCGAAGCAAGUCACGGCAACCUCCAAACUUAUAUCGAUGCGAACAAUCCUUCAAUCGAACUAUUCCAACGCCAAAAAUGGUGUUACCAAUCCGCGCAAGCUGUUGCUUAUAUCCAUAGCUGCGGGGUAAUCCAUUCGGAUCUUCGUCCCGAAAACAUCCUCGUGCACGAAACAGGCCCGGGUAUCCUAGAACCCUUGCUCUGUGAUUUUGGUGGAGCGGUAUGCGAUGAAUUAGGACUGGAUGGUGAACAACUUCCUAACGAUCCUUUCUGCCACCCUGCUCUGGAUUUUUAUACUAAGGUUACAACGGCUGUGGAUAUAUUUAGCCUUGGUUCUAUCUUCUAUACAAUUUUGACGGGAUACUGGCCGUAUCGGACUCAGGCUUUUUACAGUAGCACUGAUGAAUAUUGGGAUUAUCUGGAUAGAGUAGCUUUACUCUUUAAGCAGGGGAUGUAUCCAGAUGUGACGGGAUUGGUUGGUGGAGAGGUAAUUAAGCGGUGCUGGACGAGGGAAUUCACGACUGUACAGCAAAUUUUGGAUGCUCUGGCUAAGCAUAUGCCAUUGGAAGGAUGUUGA